AUGUGGGGCGGGUAUCCGCCUCUCAUAUCCAAAAAGUCAGAUUCCAUAUGGCUCAACGACCUGGUAUUCGUGGGCUCGUACCAGGAAGAUAACGAGGUUUAUUUAUUCUUUCGUGAAAUUUCGAUAGAAACUCAAUUCACGGAGAAGAUGUACUAUUCCCGAAUAGCCCGUGUUUGUACACAGGACAGAGGCGGUAAUAGUGCGGUACUCGAAUCGACGUGGACGAGCUUUUUGAAAGCGAGACUAGACUGUUCGUUUCGCGGAGAUUUCACCUUCCACUUUAACUACUUGCAGGACGUCGCAAGAGUUGUCGAAGGGAAGAAGAUCUUCUAUUACGCAAUCUUCACGACCGGAGAUCACGAGAUGCCGGCUUCCGCGGUGUGCAGAUUCGACCUCGACCACAUCAGGGACAAUUUCGACAACUGUCUACUCAAGCUGACCAAGUGUCCGUGGUCGCCGAUCGCGGACUCGCAGCGGGGCGGUUGUUCCGCAUCCGAUUCGAGGCGGCUCUCGCACGAUAAUCUAAAUUUCAUCAAAUCGCAUCCGUUGAUGUACGAGCCGGUCGUAGGGGAAGAUCCGUUGUUUACGCUCGUUCGAAAACGCUACAGAUUGAAGACGUUGGUGGUGAGGACGAGCCAGCAUCACACCGUCGUUUUUGCAGGAACGGACGACGGCCGCGUCUUGAAAUUGGUUGCGAGACAGGAAUCGCCAUCUGUUCUGCUGUACAACGUGCGCGUGAUCGGACAACCGAUCACGAACAUGAGAUU